AUGGCGCGGCUCGGGCGCCUGGGCUUUCUCGGCAUUGCGGUGGUCUUCCACCUCAUCUACAUCUACUCCAUCUUCGACAUCUACUUCGUCAGUCCCAUCGUCUCGGGAAUGCGAGCAUAUGGAGUCGAUGCGCCCAAGGCCCCUGCGAAGCGAUUGGUCUUAUACGUUGGUAUGGAAUGCGAAAACGUACGCGAUUGUCCAGUAUUCUGAUCACUGUCUUUAGGCGACGGAUUACGCGCCGACAAAGCCUUUCAAUUCUUCCCCGAUCCAUCAAGGUCCAGCAACGAUUCUGCAGCGCUGGAGCCACGCCCUUUGGCACCUUUCCUUCGAUCUCGAGUCCUCGAGCAUGGCACCUUCGGCGUUUCCCAUACACGAGUACCAACUGAAUCGAGACCAGGACAUGUGGCGUUGAUAGCUGGGCUCUAUGAGGACGUUGCAGCAGUUACAACAGGAUGGAAGCUCAAUCCAGUCAACUUCGACAGUGUGUUCAACAGGAGUCGGCAUACAUGGAGUUGGGGAAGUCCGGAUAUCUUGCCAAUGUUCUCAAUAGGUGCUGUGCCGGGAAGAGUGGACGAUGCGACAUACGGCGCUGAGUUCGAGGACUUCAGUAAGGAUGCCACGGAGCUGGACUACUGGGUGUUCGACCGGGUCAAGCAAUUGUUCAAGGACGCUGAGACAGAUCCAAGAUUGAACGCCCAACUCAAGCAAGACAAAAUUGUCUUCUUUCUCCAUUUGCUUGGACUGGACACCACCGGCCACUCGUAUCGUCCGUACUCGAAGGAAUACCUUCGCAACAUUCAGAUUGUUGACCAAGGAGUGCAAGAGAUUACCGAGAUCAUCGACAACUUCUACGACGACGAUGAGACUGCGUUCGUCUUCACAGCGGACCACGGCAUGAGUGAUUGGGGAAGUCACGGCGACGGUCAUCCUGACAACACUCGAACUCCUCUGGUUGUCUGGGGCUCUGGUGUUGCAAAGCCGGUCACAGUGCGCAAGGGAACGGCGCCUGGACACGAGGACGGAUUCUCGCACGACUGGCAUCUGGACCACGUGAAGCGUAACGACGUUGCUCAGGCGGACGUCGCUGCUCUCAUGGCCUAUCUUGCUGGGCUGGAGUUUCCUGUCAACUCAGUUGGAGAGCUUCCGCUGUCGUAUCUAGACGCUAGCGAGGAGGAAAAGGCGAAGGCUUUACUCAUCAACGCCAAAGAGAUUCUCGAAAUGUACCGCGUCAAAGAGCUCGACAAGCAAGCCACAGUCAUGAAUUAUCGACCCUUCCCAGGAUUUGGAGACGCAGAACACAGUGUCGAGCACCGCAUAGAGGCAAUCGAACAGAUGAUCCAGAAUCAUCAAUACAAGCAAGCGCUCGAGAGCUCUGACGAGCUGAUACAACUCGGUCUUUCAGGUCUACGAUACCUUCAGACUUAUGCGUGGCUCUUCCUCCGAACUCUGGUUACAGCGGGAUAUGCUGGAUGGAUCGCCUUUGCUUUCACCACCGCCGUCGACGUGUAUAUGCUCGACGGCAAAUUGGAGGCUUCAAGACCAACUUCCCUUGUGCUCGCAUUUUCGGCCAUACUUGUCGGGCUUUACAGCGUGCUCUUCGUGCAGUCAUCUCCUUUGACUUACUAUGCUUACGCUUUCUUCCCGGUCGCGUUCUGGGAGGAAGUCUUUGCUCAUCGACAGGCACUCAUUGCGGGCAAGGACAAGCUCUUCGCAAAGUUUAGCAAGUCUGAUAUCGGCAAACUCGCCUUGAACCUCUUCAUCUACCUUGCGCUGCUCGAAGUCAUGGUGAGAGAAUACUUGAACGUGUUUUGUAGGCUUCGCUAAUCGGCAGUCAUAGGUCCAAAGCUACUACCAUCGCCAGAUUUACACCAUGUGCUACCUACUGGCUGCAGCUUGGCCGCUAUUUUAUGGCCCCAAAUUCGUGCAAUCGAAUUGGAUCUUGUGUGGCACUUGGGCGCUAUCUUGUGCCGCCAUGAGUGUCUUCACACUGCUUCCGGCGCUCAAAAUCGAGGAUGCGAAUCUGAUGUAAGUCAAAUUCAGGUGUCUUCUUUCCUCGGCGCUGACAUCGUGGUAGCCUGCUCGGAGGUGUCCUUAUCCUCGUGCUUGGAUUGUUGUAUAUCGCCUUCGAGAAAAGCCUACUGGUCACGACUGCGACUUCCAAAGAUGGACUAGGAAACAAUUCCGCCGAUGCCGUCUCCAGGUCCAUCCUCGGCGUUCAAGUGAGUGCUUGCCCCUCGUUGAGAUGUCUGUCUAACGUAUGAUCAGGUCGGACUGGUUGCGCUUGCUAUGAUUGUUACGAGAUCCAGUGUGGCUUCUCUGCAAGCAAAGCAGGGCCUUCCGCUUGGGGCUCAAGUGGUUGGCUGGGUGACGUUGAGUAAGUUCAUCUCGUUUCCUUGCUACAUGCCACACCUUUCAUAGCACCGGCCUGCCGUGCGGCUAGUAUUGCCCAUCACCAGCCUCGCGGUCUAUGGGUGUGUAUUGCUCUGGAGAACAUUCUUACUUGGCAACCACAACGAUUCUGGACCAGCCCCAUGCUCUCCUGAUCCAUCCGGACUCAAACCCACUUGAGUCAUGGCGAUAUUCGCUCAAGACGCCGAGAGCGCUGGAGAGGUACUCGCCCUACUGGAACACCCUCGGAAGUCGUUUCAAAGUCUGCCUCUACUUGUUCAGGUGCCUCUCGGCUUAAUUCUCAUCGUCUACAUACCGGUAAUGUUUCUACUGGCUCUCAUCUGGGAGCUUGUGUGGCGAACACCAUGCAAGAUUGUCCGCCGUCGACGACAUCCUCGCAACAUUGGCGAUGACCAGAAUUUCUGGCAAGCAAUCGCAUCCGGCUCGAAAGUACAAGGAGCCUGGCUGUUCUUGCUGCGGGAUGAAUUUGUCGACGCUCUGGACCAAGAGAAGUCAAGCAGACUGUCCUGGGGCUCCACCAAGACUUUGAUCUCGUGGGGCUCGAAUGGUUCGAAACCGCAUCCCGGUGAUGAUACUCCUGUGAUACCAAUCGACGACCUGGACGGGGCGCAGCAAUGCUGAAGCACGAAUUCUUUGGAGAGGCCGAGAUUUGUUCAAGCGCCACGUUCGCUCUUUUGCCAGUUGCGCUCUUGUUCGAAUUGGGCCUGCAAGAAGCUCUGCUGACCGACCUCGUAGUUUCCUCAUUGAUCGUGCCUUUCUUUCACGCUUUGCGACCACAAAAUCACUAUCUGCAUCGCCUGGCAGUCAUAUUCCUCGCAUUUGGCCCUCUCUUUAUCAUCCUGACCAUCUCCUACGAGGGCCUUUUCUACUUUGCCAUCACGAUUACACUCGUCUCCUGGGUCCGGCUCGAACACCGCGUCCACCAGCACUUUUCAGCCACGACCUCUACAACCUCAGCAUCCCGCGCUUCAACACCUAAGCCCGGUGACCGGGCUACUUUGGAGCUCACCAGCCCGCUCGCACCCGCUCUCUCCGCAGCCAAAGCCCGCGAAACGGCCCUCGAAUCCGGAAAUUACCGCGCACUCACCCUUUCUGACGCCAGAAUCUGCCUCUUCUUUCUCUACCUCCUCCAAUCGGCAUUCUACUCCACCGGAAACAUCGCCUCGAUAUCCUCCUUCUCCCUCGACGCGGUCUACCGACUCAUCCCCGUCUUCGAUCCUUUCAGCCAAGCAGCCCUCCUGAUCCUCAAGAUUCUCGCUCCAUUCGCUCUCGUAUCCGCGAAUCUCGGAAUCCUCACCAAACGACUUCGCCUUCGAGGAGGGAGUCUGUUUGCGGUGGUGAUGGGUAUAGGAGAUUAUUUGACAUUGAGGUUCUUCUGGGAGGUGAGGGACGAGGGCAGUUGGUUGGAGAUUGGGGAAAGUAUCAGCAUGUUUGUCAUUGCUAGUGCGCUCUGUGUUUUUGUUGCGGGAUUGGAAGGGUUGAGUGAGGUUUUUGUCAGAGGGGUGGAAUUUGAUGAUGACGAUGGUGUCGUUGUGCCAUUGCAGAAACGAGAAGGGAAUGGCGCGAUUGAUGGUCAUGGCACGGUCACAGCGCGGUGA